AUGGAUACAACGUCGUUCCCUACACUCUCGGACGGUGAAAAGUCCAGUUGGGAUCACGACGUCUUCUUGAGUUCCAAAGGUGAAGAUACCCGCAAGAAGUUCACUGAUCACCUCUAUACCGCCUUGAAGCAAGUUGAAAUUUGUACCUUCCGAGAUGAUGAGGGUCUUGAGAGAGGGGAAAACAUCUCUAGUGAAUUACUCAAUGUGAUUCGUAGAUCAAGGAUUUCUAUUGUGGUUUUCUCUAAAGGCUAUGCUUCUUCCACGUGGUGUCUAGAUGAACUUCCAGAGAUAGUGCACUAUAAGAACACCACUCUUCUUCCCAUAUUUUAUCAUGUGGACCCCUUAGAUGUCCAAAAACAGUUAAGAACUUUUGCAGAAGCCUUUGCUAAACAUGUAGAGUAUGAAUCAAGAUUCAUCAAAGCAAUUGUUGAAGAAGUUUUGUGUAAAGUGGAUCCCUAUCGCUUGGAUGUCGCCGAACACCCAAUAGGAAUAGAGUCUCGUAUUCAUCAUAUUAAAGAUUUAUUAAAUCUUGAAACAAAUGACGUUCGCAUUGUGGGCAUUUAUGGAAUGGAUAGAAGAAGCAAAACAACACUAGCAAAAGCAAUCUAUAAUGAAAUACACUUUACAUUUGAAGGAAGUAGUUUUCUUUCAAACGUUAAAGAACGUUCAGAAAAGCCCAAUGGCUUAAUUGGUUUACAAAAACAACUUUUUGAUGAUAUCUUGAAAAUGAAUUUGAAGAGUGUGAAUGCUGAUAGAGGAAUCAGUAUAAUUCAAGAAAGAAUUUGUGGAAAAAGGGUUCUUGUUAUUCUUGAUGAUGUGGAUGACUUUGGAAACCUACACGUGUUAGUCAAAAAGCACUGGCUUGGUUGUGGAAGUAAAAUCAUUAUAACAACUAGAGAUGAACAUUUGCUAACUCAAUUGGAAGUAGAUGAAAGAUAUGAAGUAGAAAAACUAAAUGAAUGGGAGUCUCUUCAACUUUUCAAUUGGCAUGCCUUCAAGAUGACUUAUCCAAAUCCAAAUAGAGAUUGUGUUGAGCUGUCGAUUGAAGUAGUGGCUUAUGCUGGAGGACUUCCGUUAGCUCUUGAGUGCUAUAAUGUUGAAGAGUUACUGGAGCAAUUGGGGAAUAUGACGACUUUAAAAACGUUGAAAGCGGGUCUCACUGCUAUUAAGCAACUACCAUCCUCCUUUAACCUUCUGAAGAAUCUUGAAACGUUAGAAUUUUUUGGAUGUGAAUGUCUCAUCAAAUCACCAAAGUUCUCAGAAGCCUCACAUCUAAAGGAACUGACAUUUGGAGACAAAACUGCUAUUGAGCAACUACCAUCUUCUUUGGGUGAUUUGAGCAAUCUCAACGUUUUAAAAUUACCUGGAUUUGGAGGACCAUCCUCAUCAUGGAUAUCACCCAAUAGCUCCAACCGCAUGAGUUUGUUAUCCAUUUCUGAAUUAUGGUCAUUGACAGAACUAGAUCUUAGUGAGCGCAAUUUGACUGAAGAUGAGUUUUCUGAAUUUGAAUGUUUAUCUUCACUUGAAAGAACGUAUUUAUCAAGAAACAAUUUUCGUAACCUACCUAGUUGCAUCAGCCGCCUUCCUAAAUUAAAGUAUUUGCAUUUGAGUGAGUGUACUAGUCUUCAAUCAAUUUCACUUCCCAGAAAUGUAAUAUCUUUGACAGCAAAUGGCUGCACAUCAUUGGAAAGAAUCUCAAUUCUGACGAACGAGAGUUCAGGAUCUUCUGACCUUUGCAUUCUCGACUGGCAGGAGAAGCUUGCGUCAUCUUUUGACCUUGAUAAUUGCCGCAAACUGGUUGAGAUUCAAAAUUCCGAGAGGUUGUGA